GCAGAGGAAUGUUUUGCUAUCAGUGCCCGCCCGCCCUCCAUCCCUGCGGACCGCAUCCGCCGCGCCUGCCAACGCUCGACUAUCCCUUUGCCGCCACCCAUCCAUACACCAGCUACUCGUAUCAUCCGGCCAUACACGAUGAGACCUUUGUCCGGCGGAAGCAGCGACGGAAUCGCACCACUUUCACACUGCAACAGCUGGAGGAGCUGGAGACGGCAUUUGCCCAGACCCACUAUCCGGAUGUGUUUACGCGCGAGGAUCUGGCCAUGAAAAUCAACCUCACAGAGGCACGUGUUCAGGUCUGGUUCCAGAAUCGUCGGGCCAAAUGGCGCAAGGCGGAGCGGCUAAAGGACGAACAGCGCAAGCGGGAAAAUGGCGAGAGCAGCAGCUCAUUGGAUAAGCUUCACGACUCACGCGAAUCCUCGCCAGACAUCACCGGCGAAAUAGAUGACGACAUGGACGAGAUGCCGCGUCAGCGCUCCCACAGUCCCAUGGCCAACGGCCCCAUGGAGCAGCAGCAGCACUCCCACUCGCACUCGCACUCCCACAGUCCUGGCGGCAACCUGCACCUGGACUCCAGCGACAACGAGCGUCCUUUGUCCUCCAAUCAGUUGACUGCCACUCCGCACUCUGCCUCCCAGUCGCUGGGCUCCAUCAGUGCCGGCUCCCCAUCGCCGGGCAUGCGUGAGCACACGCCGCUGGCCAGCGGCCAGGCACCCAGCAGCCCCUCGAACUCACGCAACACCGACUCGCCCAUCGAGGUGGGCGGACCCAUGUCGCUGACCACCGGCUCCCGGAUGGGCCAACACUCCUCGAACAACUCGGCCUCGUCGACGCCAACGCCCACGACGCCGCAUGCCCCACAGAUGCCUCACACUUCGGCUGCAGCGGCGGCGGCCUUUGGUAGCCAUAUCUUUGGCAGCUUUGGUGCUGGAAGCUCAAGCGAUAACAAUUGCGGCUUUCGUCCGGUGCUGAGUGAACAGAGCGCCGUGGCAGCAGCGGCUGCAGCGGCGGCAGCACAACGUGGCACGAACCACCAUCCACCGCUCUUCCUGCCGCCCCAUCUGGCGGCGCAGUUCUCGCAUCAGCCGCUCUUUCCGGGCCUCAAAGGUUGCUCGCCCUUCCAGAGCCUGUGCUCUUGCUGCUCUCUGAAGCCGCCACCGUUGCCGCCCUCCUCCUCCUCGGGGGUGGCACCCUCGAUGAGUGUCCCUGUGAGCAGCAGCUCGGCGGCCAGCUCCCCGGAAUCGCCCAAGUCCAGCCAGGGAUCGGGGGGCCAUGAUCCACGCUCCAACUCCGUGGCAGAGCUGCGGCGCAAGGCACAGGAGCACUCGGCGGCACUGCUGCAGUCGUUGCAUGCCGCCGCAGCUGCGGGUCUGGCCUUUCCGGGCCUUCAUUUGCCACCACUCUCCUUUGCCCAUCAUCCGGCCUUGGGACAGCACUCGCACUCCCACUCGCACUCGCACUCCCAUUCCGUGAAUCACAACAACAACACGUUGAGGAUGAAGCACGAGGCCCAGGACAUGACCAUGAACGGCAUGGUGGCAAGUGGGGCAGCAGGAGGAGGACAAGGAUCAGCCCUUAGCUCAUCCGCUGCGCUCUUGGAUCUGGCCGAAUCGGCACAGCCAGCAUCAGUGGGAGUGGCCGGUGGGGCAGGUUCCCCAGGAUCCGGAUCAGGAUCAGGAGGGGCUUCUGUGAAUGCCAAGAGUGAAUAA